UGCGACUUCUGCGGGAAGGGCAGUAUUCGAGGGAUUAGGUAUAAGUGUGUACAAUGUGAUGACUACAACAGGUGCAGCGGGUGCAUGACUUCUCCCAAGGCCUGGGAAGCGCACGACGCGAGACAUCCAUUCUUUCCGAUCCAAACCAACGACGACCUCUCGCAUCUCACCCAGAUCGCCAAGAAGCAGCAGCAGCAGUUUGUAAACCAAUCUCAUCCUACUCGGCACAUCGGCAUAAAAUGCGAUGGCUGCCACAAACCACUCGAAGGUGUGAGGCACAAGUGCUUGGUCUGCGAUGAUUAUGACUUUUGCGAUGCUUGCAUCUCAACUCCAUCUCAGAGGCAGAACCAUAUUCCGACUCAUGCUUUCUUCCCGAUCAUCGCAGAGCACGACAGACCGUUGUACGACGCCGCGCGUCUUCAAGCUCGAGUCCCGCAAGGCGUCUGCCACAACGCGGUCGUAUGCGACAUGUGCGGGCAGAGCCCUCUCGUCGGCGUACGACAUCGCUGCCUCUACUGCAACGACUUCGACCUUUGCGGUGGCUGCGUAUCUAACCCCCAACUUCGCCUGAAACACGAUCUCAGCCACGUCUUCUUCCCGAUC